GCCAUUUUGAUAAGUGUAUUCGUUAAAUGUUAUAUUUAGUAAUAUCAAUAAUCACAUUCCGUAGUUUCGCAAUUGUUUUUCAUUGUGACUAUGAGUUUGUCUUUAAAUAGCUUUACUUCUAAGCGUAGUGCCAUCAAUUAAUAUAUUUUAAAACGAACACCUCAGUUCUAUUAUUAAAAAAAAUGCAAUUUAUCAGUGAUUUUUGGAUUAUUUGUUUGGUAUACUCUGUAAUUCUAUUCUAUAAUGGUCGUGUAAGAAGUAAAUAUCGUAAGGUAUUUGGAAACCAGACAAUUGAAUACAAUGGAAGUGACACCAUGACUGUAUUAAUCACUCUGAGAAAUACAACCAGUUACAAAAAUGCGACCCUAUUUUACUCAAAUGAAAAUUAUUUAACAAAUUUCGACUUCACUCUUAAUCUGCUGGCCGAUUAUGAUGGAGUUGUUCUUUACGUAAUAAUAUUCUUUGAAGAUAACAGAAAUGUAACAAAACCUGUUUUCGGAUUGAAGCUUGCGCGUGGUCCCAUAAAUAAUAGACAUGUCUGCCUGCAGUCUUGCGAAAUAAUUAUUGCGGUCCAUAGGAUUCAAGAUGAAGAAGAUGGAGAUAAACGUAAGAUGAAUAUGAGGAAACCAUGUAUAAACUCCUCAUGUGGUCCAAAUGCAGAGUGUAAAAGUAUUGGCAGUGAUGUCUCAUGUUCCUGUCAUUCGAACUUUACUGGAAAGCCUCCAAAUUGUUACCGAUUAUCUGAUCAAUCAGAAUGCAGUCCAAAUAAAACGUGUGCUAGUGAUCGUUGUAUAAGUACUAAAUGUCAAGAUCCUGAUAAUAUUACCGAUAGUAAAUCACAUAAAAUUGCUAUAUAUUUGUCUGCAGGACUUAUUGCAAUAAUUGUUUGUGGUUUUUUAAUACAUUUGGGUAUCAAACGUUGGAAAAGCUCACAAAAUAUCUCAAAAGAAGAAUACGUAUACACUUAUCCAAUACAAAAUCAAAUGCUGUACGCAGACUUAGAUGUGGGAACUUCAAUAUCAAAUGACCUACCGACAUUAAAUCAAACAGGCUAUACACGUAUCAUAGGUGUUCUAAAGCAAAAAUAAAUGGAAACAC